UGACGUUUUCUGACUAUGCAGAGCGGGCUAUUUGCCUCAGAGCAUUCCCCUGGAGAUUAUCAGAUACCUGUCUGAGGAGAAGGAUUUCCUUCCUUGGCACGCUGCCAGCCGGGCUCUUUAUCCUCUCGAUAAAUUACUGGACCGCAUGGAGAAAUACAAUGUCUUCAAUGAAUAUAUUUUAAAGCAAGUUGCGACAACAUACAUCAAGCUUGGAUGGCCAAAAAACAGUUUUAAUGGAUCUCUUGUUCAAGCGUCCUACCAACAUGAAGAACUCCGUCGGGAAGUUAUAAUGCUGGCCUGCAGCUUUGGCAACAAGCAUUGUCACCAACAGGCAUCGACACUUAUUUCAGAUUGGAUUUCCAGCAACAGGAACAGAAUACCACUAAACGUCAGAGACAUCGUCUACUGUACAGGAGUUUCACUGCUAGAUGAGGAUGUCUGGGAAUUCAUAUGGAUGAAAUUCCACUCCACCACAGCAGUUUCCGAGAAGAAAAUAUUAUUAGAAGCCUUAACUUGCAGUGAUGACAGGAAUUUAUUAAAUAGGCUUCUGAAUCUGUCACUGAAUUCUGAGGUGGUGCUGGAUCAAGAUGCAAUUGAUGUCAUAAUCCAUGUAGCUCGAAAUCCACAUGGCCGGGACCUUGCCUGGAAGUUUUUCAGAGAUAAGUGGAAGAUAUUGAAUACCAGGUAUGGAGAGGCAUUAUUUAUGAAUUCCAAACUUAUCAGUGGAGUUACAGAAUUUCUUAAUACUGAAGGUGAACUCAAAGAGCUAAAGAACUUCAUGAAGAACUAUGAUGGAGUAGCCGCUGCCUCUUUCUCAAGAGCAUUGGAAACCGUCGAAGCCAAUGUGCGCUGGAAAAUGCUUUACCAAGAUGAGCUUUUCCAAUGGUUAGGAAAAGCUGUGAGGCACUAAUUCAACUUAACAUUUCUACGAGAAGGCCUGCUUUAUGCAGAAUGAGGAGAAUGGCCAGACUUUCAGUGUUAACGUGUGGGAGGAUUUUUUUUUAAUUGUUGGUCAUGGGGGAUUUUUUUUGUUUUAUCUCAUUCAUCCUGCUUUGUUUCCUUAUUGGGUGUUCUUCUUUAAAGAAAUUCUUGCAAGUGAAACUAGCCAUGAUUGCUUCAGCUGUACAUUCCUUGCUCUACAGGACCAAAUAUGAUAGUGGUGCAUGUUGAUGUUGCAGUCAGUUUGAAAAAACACAUUCAGAAUACUUUGUGCAUGGUUGUUGGUCCUACCUGUGUUCCAGCAUGCUUAUUUAAAAUGUCCAAUGCUGUCUACUCCAAUGUUACAUCCAGGAUGGGCAUUAUACAAAAGCACAAAGAUUAUCUAUGACAAUCAGUGUUGCAAUGAAAGGAAAAAAAAAGGAAAUUGUAGUCUUAGUCUUGGGCAUUGUAAGAGGUAAAAUAGCCCUUUAAGUGAUUAAGAUCACUUAUUUCAGCACUUGAAUUGUCCUGCAAUGAUUAUUGUGUUGUUAACCCAUUUUUUUAAAGGUGUUAAAAAAAUAAGGCAUAUAGAUAGUGUAUGCAUAUGUCAAUGUACAUAGGGAAACCCCAUAUGUAUAUAGUAUGUUGUACACUGUACUUCUUCAAAGAAUCUCUUCAGAUCAAAGAAAAUGUAACUCUUUUUAUAAACUUCUGCAAACUUUGAAAAGGCUGAAAAUAAUUUAUCUCAACACUAUCCUUCUUGACAAUUUCCUGACUAAGUUUCUCAACUGUUAUGAAUUUGUUUCGUCUACUUCCUUAACAGUGGUCUAUUCUACCAUAUAAAAAAUGAACUCAAGCAAAAUUCAUGUAUAAACU